CACGAGACGUCCUAUUGUUAGUGUACUUAGAAGUGUUAGAAUAACGUUUACCAGAUUAUAUUGAACCCUCGAUCAUUGAACACCAAUUGUAGUAAAACAACACGAGAAUUUUUCACAAAUUUUAUAUGUUCCAAAAUCAAUUACUCACACGAUCAUCAAUGAAUCGAACGCUCGCAGAUCGCGUGCAUCAUGUUCCCCACGAAGCUCUCCGUUCCACGGGUCGAGAUCAACUUUGACACACCGAACCGGGAUCGCUUUCUGCGUGAUGAAUUUCCACACCACAACCGUUACACAGUUCUGGGUCGGGGAAGUUACGGGGUGGUGAUCAAGGCACGCUACAAAGGAAAAUCAGUUGCAGUUAAAAUCGUGGAAAAACAGAAGAAAUACCGUUGCCGGUACGAUUCAUUGCGAAAUGAGGCUAACGUUUUAAACUUAAAACACGAGAAUAUAGUUCGUGUACUGAAGAUCAUCUCCGGCGCUCAAUACGGGUUGGUCAUCAUGGAACGGUUCGAUGGUCAUUGCUUGCAGAACAUUUUGAAUGAAAACUACAUUAUCACGAUCUACCAUCGAUUGAUGAUUUUAUGCGACAUUAUCAACGGUCUGUGUUUCUGCCAUCGCAAUCAUAUAGUUCAUCUCGAUGUGAAACCUCAGAAUGUAAUUGUUUGCCUUCUAAAGUCAGGCUGUCAAUCCGGUGGCCAAUGUACUCACGUGCGAAGCUACACGUGCAAGCUGUGCGAUUUUGGUUCCUCAUUCCUACUAAACAACUUGAAUCUCAACGAAAAAUCCAGCCAUCGUGGAACGAUCCGGUACAUGGCUCCGGAAUUGCUUCGUGGAAUGGGAAAUAUUUCUGAAAUAGCAGACAUCUACUCGUUCGGCAUCACCAUGUGGCAACUCAGCGAGGGGAAAAAUCCUUACGGUUCUAUCGCUUCCAAUGAAGCUGUCGCCUACAACGUGGUCAAGAAAAAGCUGCGUCCCGAUAGCGUGACUACAGCGGACAUCCUGCGAACGGAGCCAGUAACCAUUCCAACUCGAAAGAUCAAUCUACUACAUACUCCUGAGUUCCGUGCGCGCAAAAACAGUGAUAAUACGUUGGAAAUGUCUCAUGCAAAUCUUAAACCGAACGGAAAUUCCACUAUGAGCCUUCGUAGCAACAUUCUUACUUCGGCCAAUAGUACAGCCGAAUACCAGCAGCCAAACGUCGAAUGUGCUGCCGCUGCUAUGAGUGACGUGCUGAAGCAACAGGGCAUCGACCUGGUAGGACCUUCUUCCGUCGCUAGCGAUUCUGCCGGUGGUGAGUUGGAUCAUUUCGAAUUGAGCGCCAAGGCGCUAGAUGAGCUCUUCGUGCCUGUCGUGGAUGUCGAUCAGAAUUACAUUCGACAGGAGUAUCGUGCAUUGUUCAGAAAAUGCUGGCAGCACGAAGCGGCUCUACGUCCCACGGCCAGCACCGUUCGUUCCACCCUGCAUGGUAUGUUGGAACGGAUUGUAUGUUGUAAAUAGUAGCGUGUGUGUUUGUUAGUAGUGCUAAGUUUUAUCGCAUGUUCAGCAGAUAGCUAAUCUGCAUUAUAUUUUAGUGUGUUAUCAUGUGCCAUCAUGCCAAUUGUGUAUUGUUAUUUCCUAUUUUAGGAAUAUUGUUUUAGUCGGUAAAAUAAUCGAAAUUAUUUUAUAUUCCCACCACAGAAGUGGGUAGAAUAAAAUGUUGUCAUCACGAAUUAA